UGGUAGCAGCCUGAGUCGAGAAGCCAACGCUGUCUUUUGCAACUCUCCAAAGGAUCAUAUAAUUUACAAAAUACUAUUUCAAUCAUCCUAUCAAUUAAACUCUAUAAAACCCCCUUAAGAUUUCCUUCAUUUUCUCGCCUAAAUAUUCUCCAAAAAUAUAUCCACUCAAAAUCUCUGUCUCGCGCUUUCUUUUGAUCCGAUCAUGGCUCACUUGGCCGUCUCUCAGCUCUCUAUGACCGUUCCUGUUCGCACUGAUUCGACUCUCAGAACGAGUUCUGUGUUUAAGGCAAACAAUGUAAGAUUUGGUGAUAAAUCAUGGGCUCCUCCGUUAUCUCUAGACUUAAAAUCAAGGAAUGCACGGUUGAGAAAUCGUUAUGUAGUAUGCAUGUCAGUGCAACAAGCAAGCAGAUCUAAGGUUGCUGUUUCACCUCUGGAACUGGAAGAUGCUAAGGAGCCUCCAUUAAAUUUAUACAAACCCAAAGAACCCUACACAGCAACCAUUGUUUCUGUUGAGAGGAUUGUAGGCCCAAAAGCUCCAGGAGAGACUUGCCAUAUAGUUAUUGAUCACUGUGGAAAUGUUCCCUACUGGGAAGGACAGAGUUAUGGUGUCAUCCCUCCGGGUGAAAACCCAAAGAAACCUGGGAGUCCCCACAAUGUUCGUCUUUAUUCAAUUGCAUCUACUAGGUAUGGAGAUUCCUUCGAUGGGAAGACAACCAGUUUGUGUGUUCGUCGUGCUGUGUAUUAUGACUCUCUGACUGGAAAGGAGGAUCCUUCAAAGAAUGGUGUAUGCAGUAAUUUCCUGUGCAACUCAAAGCCUGGAGACAAAAUUCAGAUCACAGGACCCUCUGGUAAGAUUAUGCUUUUGCCUGAAGAUAAUCCCAACGCCACCCACAUAAUGAUUGCUACAGGCACUGGGGUAGCUCCGUACAGAGGCUACCUCCGCCGUAUGUUUAUGGAAUCCAUUCCUAAUUACAAGUUUGGUGGCCUUGCAUGGCUUUUCCUUGGGGUGGCCAACACUGACAGUCUCCUUUAUGAUGAAGAAUUCACCAAGUAUCUUCAGGACUACCCGGAUCACUUCCGUUAUGACAAAGCACUCAGUAGAGAACAAAAGAACAAGAAUGGAGGCAAGAUGUAUGUCCAGGAUAAGAUUGAGGAAUAUAGUGACGAAAUCUUCAAACUUUUGGAUGGUGGGGCCCAUAUAUACUUCUGCGGGCUCAAGGGAAUGAUGCCAGGGAUUCAGGAAACACUGAAGAGAGUUGCAGAUCAGAGAGGAGAAAACUGGGAUCAGAAGCUUUCACAGCUGAAGAAGAACAAGCAAUGGCAUGUCGAAGUGUAUUGAUUUUGCAGUGUUGUGAAUCUCACUGAUGCCUAUUAAAAAGAUUUCAGUGAUCACAUUCUGUCAGAUCAUGCUUCGGUGUUCAGGUAACAUGGCAGUCUUCCUUAAUUAAUUAUCCAGCAGUCAAGAACUUGAUUAGCUGUUACCAUUCAUCGUGUAUGAUUAAAUAAUUGUGUAAUCCUUAUGAUUUAUACAAGUUAGGAACCGUUUUGAUUGGUUGUUGUAAGACAUAACAUCCUUCUUUCCAGAGAAAAAUAUGUUUUACAUCUUGUUGAAGUAACUUUGGCCGAUUAACAAAGCUGUUCUAUGAUGUCGAGUUCAGUCACAUUUAUAUGUCAGAGCAUAGCUACUGGGUGGGAGAAACAAUUUACUCGUGUUGUCGCAAUAAUACAUCCAUCCAUCCAUCCA